AAUGGGUCCCUAUCUUUCAACACCAAACACUUAAAAAGAAACAUAUAAAGGAGAAAAUGAUAAAUUCAUCUUCGCAGCUACUCAUAUGCAAGGUAAUAUCAUUGCCUAUUUAGAUAAGGUUGGAGAAACUCUAUGGAGGAUGCUCACAUUUCAAAAUUGGAUAUCGAGCCAGGAGUUUCUUUAUUUGCUGUAUUUGAUGGUCAUGGAGGUAAAGAAGUAGCCAUUUUUGCUGAAAAUCAUUUUCAAGAAGAAUUAUUGAAAAAUUAGAAUUAUAAAAACAAAAACUAUAAGCAAGCAUUAAUUGAUACAUUCAUGUAAAUUGAUGAAUUAUUGCUUCGACCAGAAGGCUAAGAAGAAUUAAUAAAAAUCAAAGGGAAUAAUGAUGGUAUCAUUUAAAAAAUCAAUUUUAAUAGAAUUAUAAGCAGGAGCAACAGCAAAUGUUGCUUUAAUAGUUGAUAAAACUAUUUAUUUAGCUAAUGCUGGAGAUUCAAGAGCCAUGCUUUGUAGAAACUUUGCUCCUUUAGAUUUGAGCAAAGACCAUAAACCAGAUGAUGAAAAGGAAAAAAAAAGAAUUGAGGCAGCUGAUGGUUUUGUGUAGAAUGGAAGAACAAAUGGUAAAAAUUUAAGAUAAGAAAAGGAAAUUUAUCUUUGAGUAGAGCCAUUGGUGAUUUAGAAUAUAAAAAGGAUGAAAGAUUUAGAAAAAAUGAAUAAAUAAUUAUAGCAGAACCAGAUGUUAAAAUAGAAGAAAUUCAGGCAAGUGACAAGUAAUUAUUGUAUUACUAUUUUAUAGAUUUUUAUUAAUGGGAUGUGAUGGAGUCUUUGAAAUUUGGAAUCAUCAAUAAAUAAUAGAUUAUGUUAAUUCAAAACUUAAGUAAGUAGUGACGUAAGAAGAUAUUCAAAUUGCAGCAGAAGGAUUACUUGAUUCUAUUAUAGCAAAGGAUACUUCAAGUAUUAAUAAUAAUUAUUAUCAAAGAUGGCACUGGAUGCGAUAAUAUGACAUGCAUCAUAGUAUAUUUUAAAUGA